AUGAACAAACUAGAUAAGAUGAUUAAGGAAUAUAGAGGAUUGGCGAAUACAUCGAGCGUUCUAAUAAAGGAAGUAGAAAACACGACAAAGCUGCAGAAAAUGAUUCAUGAUGAAUUACUGUUAGGUGAAUUUUCUAUAAAACAAAGACAGAGUAACUUAAUGGGUGAGGCUUAUUAUUUGGAGAAUUGGUAUAAUGAGAGGUUAAAACAAAUGUCGACUCCAACACCAACUCCUACACCUACUCCUACAGUAGCUCCAACACCAACUCCCACUCCUGAACCAACAGUAGCUCCAACGCCAACUCCUACAGUAGCUCCAACGCCAACUCUGACACCAACUGCUCACGCAGGUCCUCCACCAAUGUCGAGUAGUCAUGGUAUAACAUUAAAUAAACCAACACCUACACCAAAAAUAACUCCUGUAUCACAUCCUAGUACAACUAACCCAGUAUCUGAUUCAAAUCAAGCGGAAAGAUCACAGGUUCUUAAAAGAGCUAAUACACCAACUGCUUCCCCUAUUAGAACACCAGAGCCAACUCCAAGAAUCACAAAGGCGCCAACACCUUCACCGACUGUUGAACCAACUCCAGAACCAACAGUACCUCCAACUCCAUCUCCAACUCCAUCACCGACACCUACAAAAGCACCUACUCCAUCUCCAACUCCGACUAAAGCUCCGACACCGUCUCCAACACCAACUAAA